CUCUCCAUAGAGGCCCCAGAGGUCUGGGGAGGCAACAUGGUGGGCUCUGCGAUCACAGCGUUGGGCCUUCUCCUGCUGAUGCAGGCCUCAGUAGAUGCGAAUGGGAUCCAGGGAUUCUUCUACCCAUGGAGUUGUGAGGGAGAUGUGUGGAACCGAGAGAGCUGUGGGGGUCCAGCAGCAAUUAAGAACCCCAACCUCUGCCUGCGCCUGCGAUGCUGUUACCGAGACGGUGUGUGCUACCACCAACGGCUGGAUGAAAACAUGCGCAGGAAGCAUAUGUGGGCACUGGGCUGGACCUGUGGCAGCCUGCUUUUCCUGAUCUCCAGCAUCUGCCUCAUCUGGUGGGCCAAGCGCCAUGACAUGCUGCACCUACCACAGUUCCUCCAGGGAAAAUGUGACCUGUCACAGACAGUCUCCCUGCUGUCUAAGGACAGACAAACAGUCAGCAAAAAGACAGCGUCAGUCACCACACCUGUCUCUGUGCCCAUAACAGAACCCUCAGGGACCGAAGAAACUCUGCUCACGGAAGCCGGCGAUGAAACCGAGGGAGGAGAGGAGGAUUAGGGGCAGCCCUGGAGGACCCUUAAUACAGAUAUGACAGAUAGAUGUGUGUCUUUUCUGAGAUCUGAGGAGCAGGUGGCUUUGUGGGAAUCUUACAUAGAGUACCUGUAUGCUUUGAGGCAGCUUAGGGGGGUCAGGGCUGAGUGGAAGCUGGGCUGUGGAGGGGGAGACCUGGGAUGGGGAGGUGAAGUAAGGCAGGAUCUCGAUUGAGUGGGGUCUGGGGGUAAAUAGUGUGGAUCUGUGUUGUGGAGGGGGAUGAAGGGGUUUCUGGGUUAGGAGUAUGGAGGGACUGUAGUAAAGUCAGCUGGAAAUGCAUGAGUUGGGAGUACCACGGAGACACAUAGUGAGGGAAAAUGUGUCCAGAGCAAUCCUGCUUUAGGAAGCCCCACCGAGUGACCCCCCUCAACACUUUAUUUCCUCCUCUGCACCAAUGCCUGAGCAUGUACAAAAGAGUGUCGGCAUUGCCCAGCGAGCACUUCAGCUCCCACAGUCCCCACGGGCCAGCCUUUUCUUGGAAGUGUGUUAUGGUCUGCUUCCAGAUUCAUCCUGCCCAGCCGCCUCUCUUUCCUCCUAGUCUUGUGUCAGUCUUGAAUCCAAACCACCCUCUUUAAGGGUCACCCUCAGUAAACACCUUUCAAGUCCAGUGUGCCUGUUUGUCUGCCCUUCUUGGAGGAUCCGAAGUACCCUGGGGUGGUCUGGGCCGGGUAAGUGGGUCUGAGUUCAAGAACCUUCUCCUAGUUUCCCUGGU